AUGCGAUCCCUGGUACUACUCGCUGUCCUGGCUGCAUGCUACCUGUCCGUUUCGGCCAAAAUGCAAAACGUGACCGUCAAGGGUAUCACUGUAUGCAAUAAGAAGCGCUUGGCCAAUGUUCAUGUCGAGCUUUACGAUAAGGACACAUUGGACCCCAACGAUCUUCUGUCAGAGACGCACACAAACUCUGAAGGCGAGUUCGAACUUUUUGGACAGGAAGACGAGGUGGGCAGCAUCGAGCCAUUCAUCCGUCUCACGCACAACUGUCAAGUUUCGAAACCAGGUUGCAUGCGCAUCGGUGACUAUAUUGUGCCACACGAUAAGAUUGGUGGCCUGUACGACAUGACCUACGUGACGCUCGACAUCGUCGUCCAAGGCGAGAAGGAAAAGUGCUAG